AUUUUAUUUUGAAAAUCAACCCCCUCCCCGGAAGCUCCCUCUGUCGGUCCGUGUACUCUGACAGGUUUAUCAAACAGGGGCAGAAAGCUCUUUCGGAACUCUGCAGCCGCAGCGGCUCUGAUUAUUUCACCAUCGGGGUUCGGUCCAACAUGGCGGCUUACGGAUGGAAAUACUGAUGACAGUCCGAAAGAUCGCCUCGAUUUGUACGAUGGGCGCCAAUGCCUCUGCCUUGGAAAAGGAGAUUGGACCGGAACAGUUUCCCGUAAAUGAACACUACUUUGGCUUGGUUAAUUUUGGAAACACCUGCUACUGUAACUCGGUGCUGCAGGCUCUGUACUUCUGUCGACCGUUCAGGGAGAAGGUGCUGGCGUACAAGGUGCAGCCUCGCCGUAAAGAGUCCCUGCUCACCUGCUUGGCUGACCUGUUCAACAGCAUCGCCACACAGAAGAAGAAAGUCGGCGUUAUCCCGCCCAAGAAAUUCAUCUCACGGCUGAGAAAGGAAAAUGAGCUGUUUGACAACUACAUGCAGCAGGACGCCCACGAAUUCCUCAACUACCUUCUCAACACCAUCGCUGACCUUCUCCAGGAGGAGAAGAGCCAGGAGCGGCAGCAGAACGGAAAACUGGUUCAGAAUGGAGGUGGAGGAGUGGGAGGAGGGGGAGUAGGAGGAGGCAGUAGCGAAUCAGGAGGAGGAGGUGGAGAAGUGGAAGGAGGGAAGGAGACGCAGCAGACCUGGGUGCACGAGAUCUUCCAAGGAACGCUGACCAACGAGACGCGCUGCCUCAACUGUGAAGCUGUGAGCAGCAAAGACGAGGACUUCCUGGAUCUGUCUGUGGAUGUGGAGCAGAACACGUCGAUCACGCACUGUCUCAGGGGCUUCAGUAACACAGAGACAUUAUGCAGUGAAUACAAGUAUUAUUGCGAGCAGUGUCGCAGCAAACAGGAAGCCCAGAAAAGGAUGAGGGUAAAGAAGCUACCCAUGAUCCUCGCCCUCCACCUAAAGCGCUUUAAAUACAUGGACCAGCUGCACCGCUACACCAAACUGUCCUAUCGCGUUGUCUUCCCCCUGGAGCUCCGCCUCUUCAACACGUCCGGGGACGCAACCAACCCGGAUCGUUUGUACGACCUGGUGGCUGUCGUCGUGCACUGUGGCAGCGGUCCAAACCGCGGACACUACAUCACCAUCGUCAAGAGCCACGGCUUCUGGCUGCUGUUUGACGACGACAUCGUAGAGAAAAUUGACGCGCAGGCGAUCGAAGAGUUCUACGGUCUGACCUCGGACAUUUCCAAGAACUCUGAGUCAGGAUACAUCCUGUUCUACCAGUCGAGAGACUGAACCAAGGCGGUCGUAAGUCCCCAACAGACUGUCACUCAACAGAGGGGGGAGGGGCUUAUGGCAGCCACCUGCUCCGCCCUCACUUAAGUAUCCAGGCUUAUUUCCUGUAGGCGGAGCUGCACUGGAGUGCCACUCGGGACGGGUUGAGACGUGUGCGGCAGGUCUUGUGACAGCCUUCUGGAUUACCGUUCAAAUCCUCUGUGUCCACACUGCUGCAGCAGAGCACCUUAAAAAUAUAUUUAAAAAAAAACAUCCACUAGAACCCCCCCACUCCCCCACCCCCUGGCAGAUUCCACAACACUCGCUUUGCACUGUGGGCAGACUGACCAAUCCUGACAUGUGGAGGACGAGCAGGAGAAGAUGAUGCGGCAUAACCAGCUGUUUUGGGUGCAACUGGUGUCGGGGGGUUAAGGUCCGAGUCGGCCUUUUUUGUGGCUUGUUGCACUGACACGCAACUCCCCCAAAGAUUCCUUUAACGUCCCACCUGUCACAGCAAAACCACUGACACUACCUUGUAGUGAGUGAACGGCUUGAAUGUGAGCGCGGCGCUUGGAUGAUAGUUUGCGGUGUUUUGUAUAGUGAAGUUUUGCCAAUCGCGUCCUGCGCAGUGUUACAGGCGAUGGUUGAAAUGGAAACCAGCCACCAGGGAGGUGCUGAUGGAACUGAAAUGUUCCCCACACUCAUGAGUAAGGCUCUUUGUUUCAGGUUUAAAAUUCUUAACUAAAAAAAUAAAGAGAAAAAAGUGAAACCCGUUGACCAAAAGUACAAUUUGCAGCUUAUAUAAUUUUUUUAAACAACCCUGUUUAAAGAAAAGAAUACUUUGCCACAUGUUAUAUUUUUUAAUCCAAUCCUUUGGAUCACCAACAGUCCUGUUCUAGAUUCCAGAGCGUCUAGAGUGUCUAAAGCCACUCGUGGUGCCACAGUGGGGGAGGGAAAAGAGCUCAAAGGAAGUAUUUCAACAGCAUAAGCUAAUUUUUAAAAUGCCAGCUUCUCAUGGUUUUGACAGCAAGCACACGCUCCUUUGCUCUCGAGGAUGUGUUGUUGUAACAUGUCUGACUUUUUUAAAGAUGCCACAAUAUGCACAUUUGUACUUUUUCUUUUUCUUUUUAAAGGGACGCACUAUGAGACUAGUGCUUUUUUUCCCUUUAAGUCAGCUCUGAUAUCCACUUUACACACUACACGACACGCAGUGUCGAAGUUUGUCGAGUUUGUCUCAUGUGCUUAUGGAUGCCUCUCUGCGCACACACGCCUUUACCCUUCUACAGCUGGUUCAUCUCGCAGUUUCAGCCACGCCAAUUUUGACUCUGGCUUAAGUGUUUUUCGUGCAGCUGCAGCUCUGGCAGGCAGUCAGGUUUUUACAUAACACGUUUUCCACUCCAGAAUCGUAAAUUGCAGCCUUUGGUAACGCUGAGUGAUGCUAAAGGUCUGCGGAUGUGAUCCGCUGAUGCUCGGCUACACGGUUUAUUUUAUUGCAGUAAGACCGUCUCUUUCGCAUGUUUGUCUCGGCCGCUUUUAAAUGGCUUCCCCUCCUCAGCAUCAACAGCAGCUUCAGCUUUAGGGGCGAAGCAUCCUGUGAGAUGAGCUGCAUCGUGGUUAUCUUACUGUUUCUGAAAUGCUCAUUAAAUUGCAGCCUGGGCUAAAUUGAGUUACUUGAAUGUUAGCGCUACUCUGGGCAGCUGAUUGAAGCUAAUUAAUCAGCUGAGCGUUUAGUGAUUCCAGUAAGUAGUGCUUCAAGUGAUCACAUAACUGGAUAAUUUUGGGCAGGAUUUCUUCUUCCUUAGUUAAAAAAAAGAAAAAAGUAAAACUUGCAUAUGUAGGUAGGUUAGACAAAAAAUGAUUAACUGCAGUCUUCCUUUAGAGGGGUAAAAGUGGGUUACAUAGUAAAAUUCAUAAAUAUAACCACGAUUUAUGUUUACUUUCUCUCUUCUAAUUUCAGAUGAUAUUACAGAUGAAUGUGUUUGUGUAGAUUCUCGGUGAUGUUGGUCUUCUCAGCUUUAAGGAAGAAACUGCACUUAUUCAUGUCUAAAAACAACAACUACUUCCAAAGGGUCGACCCCCCAUUAGGGGUUAGAAACCUGAGAGACACCUUUUGCAUUUAGAACUUUUUCAAGCUUUCUUUACUACAGAUUCAUCUUAAAACUGCUGACAGGCUCUGCUGCCGUCUUAGUGGUGCUGAAUUCUGAUUGGCAAGGCUUCAGUCACACAGGCCUACAGACAGGUCGGUGAUUAUCUGGUGACCAAAAGUUUAUCCUCCAACCAGUUGGCAAGUGGUUGCUUGCUUUUGCCAGGGUACUGCAUCCAAAACCUCCAACUUGUGGUCGCUUUAUCGAUAUUUGACUUUAAAGGUCUCGGUUUUCCAGUUUGCGUCACACAUUUUGCAGUUGCUGUCGAGUAUUUUGAGUCCUUUAAUGCAAACUACCGGUCACCAUGGCAACCUGCUAGCAACCAAAGAAAUCGCAAGGGGGCAUUCGGUUCAGCGCCGUAUACCUCUUUGGGACCAGUUCCAUGCUAGCUACUGAGAGCAAACAACUUGCCAACCCAUCUAGGAACAUACAAUUUUCCCUAGCAACCAGUGGUUGCCAAAUGCCGCCAGCUGGUCUCUAGGGCUGUGUGUCCAGUACAGUCACAGAACACAGAAGUGGGGUUUUUUUUCUUCUUUUUUUUUUUUUUUUCUUUCUUGUCCUUAAAAUGUCUGAAAGUCCAGCGUCACAUCUUCCAGUUGCUUCCAAAUAAAACUUUCAGAAUAUAAGAUUUUAAGGGUCACAACAUGUUUGACACAUUUUCUUGCAUACCUGACUGCGUGUUUGAACUCAGGUCUUCAAAUUACUGCGUUUCUCUAGUAUGAUGAAGACCAAAUAUUUAAAGAUCUUAAACUUGCCAACUUUGAGAAACAGAAUUAAAACUUACAAACAGGGUUUGAUUGAGUUGAUCUGAGGAGAAGCAGAAGCCUUUUUAAAGCCUCGGUCUCGCUUUCCAGCUGUGGGUUAACCCUUUCCGCCUCCAUUAUUUUCUUAAUAAUUGCACAAACCAAAUAUAGUUACACUUUUUUUUCUUUUUUUUUAACCCGAGUUUAGUUAUUUUGUUGUAUAUUUUACACUCCUAAGCUGAUAAGCCUCCAUGCUAUCACUCCUUCGUAACAGAGCUACAGCAGAUGCAAAGCGGAUUUGGAAAAAAAGCUCUAUGCAGCCUUUAAGGUGUUUAUAUUAUAUAGCUGUUGAGUUUUGAAUGUUAACAUGUACAGUCAAAUUAAAAAAAAAAAUAAAUAAAUAGGGCUGCUGCUUGACCUGUGACAUGUGGAUUUUGGGUGCAUCGCAAUACGGUGAAGUCGCUGUCUCCGCUUUUAAAACUGACAAGCACUUUUAAAUAUUUGUCAGAAAACUUGUCAUUUUGUCCUUCAAUCGUGCAAUUUAGUGAAAGUAACAGCAUUCAUGCUUGUGGCUGUACAGUGUUUUCACUUUACCACAACCUGGCACAAAGCCCUGACUCCCAGAGGUAAAAAGUAAACAAAUGUAAGGGAAUUCAGGUUGAGUCUUGAAGGCGUAUCACAUCCCCCAAAAUACUGCAAAGUAAUUUUCAUUUCUUCAGAGAGUGAUUUAAGUGCUCUGAAAAGUGACACUUUUUAUCAUCAUUCAGGUUUUAUGUCCGUAACACAGAGCAGCCAAAAUAUGUUACAAAAUAAUGUGAGCUUGUGGAUUUCGCUCUCUUUGUUGCAUAAGCCUUUCUCUUAGUUCUGCCAGCAUGAGAAAGUUUAAAGUUGGACGUCGUGCAGCCAGAGCCCUGGCCUUAACCUGCUUUUUCCAACGCAUUCUCAUCCAGAUGCAUCCUUUACACACCAGGUGUCCUCUAGCUUUGGUGCUCUAAUGCUAUAAUGGCCAUGUUGAACACAAAAGGAAGGAGGAGACCCUGUUUUUCACCCAAUAUGGACCUUUGUUGCACACUGGUUAGGUUUAGGUGAGAUUUAGCCUGUCUAGUUUGCAUAAAGUUGCUUUCAGCAGCGCCUAUAUUAUAUUUCCUCAGUAUAAAGCUGACGUGUGUCUGUUAGCUCCGGAUGUUGCAGAAUCCUGCAAAAUAUGGGUUAUCCAACCGAUCAAGUUAUCUUGGUUUCAAGGUAAUAGCAAUAUGACCAAUCUAGAUCGGGUGGGUAAAGUUAAAUCACUGUCAGCCUCUUCCAAAGUCAUUCUGUCCAUUUAUGUUACAUAAAACUACAACUACAAACAGUUUAACUCAACAAAUACCUCAUUUGGCUCAAAGUUCUCAAAUCUGUGUAAACGACUGGGAGGAGAUCGAGCGACUUCCUUGACGAUGCAUCCGAAGCACUUCACUCAAUGAGUCGAAGGUUCAAAGUCAACACUAUAUCUCUUUCACGUCUGUGCUGCUCUUUAACUAAUCAACUUAAAGGAAGUAAUCUACAUUAAAGGAAAGUGUUGCGCAAUUUUUAUGUUUCGUUUUUUCUUGGGGGCUUAGUAGUUUUAUAACUUUCGGACAUCUGAAGAAAGUCGUUUUUGGCUGCAAAUGACUUGAAACACCAACAGAAUCUGUGGACUCUUUAAGUUGCGUUCAUACAUACCAAAUGAUGUUUAUAUUGUUUUUAUUCCUUUUCUUUUUUUUUUUUAAAUAAACAAAGUGUAGGUGUACUCAAGAUGUAAAUAAACACAGACAAGCACAAAAGCACAUUAUUAGGGAGAUGGAAGUCCACAGAUUCAGCUGGAAGCCUUUCUUUUUAUUUUAAAUAUGAGAACCAGAAUUCAUUGAAACAAUGUGUUGGAUGCUUAUGUUGAAGCAAGGCUCUUUUUAUUUAAAUAUUAUUAUUAUUAUUAUGAAUGUCCAUGUUAACGUUUUUUCCUUUGAUGUUCUGCAUUGUUUUUAUUUUUAUGUAUUUUACUAAUUUUGAUUGUCUGCUGAGGCAGCUCUGGAAAUCUGAGGAUUUAUUUUGAUCUAAUUUGGGGAGUGUGAAGUGAGAGAUGUGUACAUAAAUACAGAUGUUAUUAUUGGAAUAUAAAUAAUUGCUUGCUUGGAAUAAUCAACAAAUCUAGAUCGAGAAUAUUAGUGUACGUUAUCUCUCAAAGAUACCUUUCUUAUGGUUGAUGUCUUCAAUCUGCCUGGUGCUUUAAAAAUUGCAAACCCCACCCAUCUGGCACACCGGGCAGACCAAAACAAACAAACCCAAAUAUAUGGAAUGGUCACAAUGGAGCUGUGAGUUUAUUAACAUACACUCACUUUAUAGACAUUCUCUUAUUAGAUGUUGGUGUGCAAAAAAAUACAUGACUGUCCAAAACCUGAUAUGCGAUCACAGUGUUAAAGGAAAAAUCCACUUUAGGUUACAUAAAGGAUUAAAAUAAAUCAGCAGCUGGUGUUGGUGUUUGUUUCAUUUUGUGUUGUCCUGAUUGUGUUUGAGUUCUAAUGAUGAUCAAUGUUUAUAAGAAGACAGAAAAACGACUAUACUGGAUUGAGAGAAACUGAGGGAGAUGGUAUAUAUUAGUAUUGAGCUUCAAGUAGUUCCACUGCAAAGGUUUCACUAUAUUUAACUUUCACAUUUACAUGCUUGACAGCAGAAAUUUAUAGAUAUUGCAGAUGCCGUUAUUAUGUCUAAUGCAAAAGUUCUCCACAUCUUAGGUAAUGUGGAGCUUUUUAGCUAAGAUGUGGGAGUGGUUGCUGGAGUUUGCCGGCUGUCGAUGGGUGAAAUCGGUCACAAAGAGAUUAUUACACCAAAAACCACUUUGUUAUUGCGUUGGGUUUGGCAGAUUGCCGUGGUUGCACAAAAUAUGGCCGUUUAUUUGCAAUCACUAACUGGAAAAAGUGUGCAACCAUUGUUCACCUUGAAAGUUAAAGCUGUGCCUUAUGUCCUGAAACUGACAUGUUUCCAUAAGCAAAUCCAGUCAACUUUGAAGAUGACCAUUCUCCGUUUCACUAUCAUUCUGCAAAUAGUUGGCAAAUGUUUGCAAACAAGUUGGCUUCUUCCAACCAAAGCAUUUGCAAGAAGUAAAACACCUGUCAAAGUUUUGAAGAAAUAUCUUAAAAACUUGUAUAUUUAUAUUUAAUAGGCAGAAAACAAACUGAAUUCUUGUUUUUAUACUCAAAUUUACAGACACGUAAAAAUACAGCAGCUGUGGCUUAACCCUUACAUUCGGUGGUAGUCUAAUAAAUUUGUUAAGCACUGUAAAAUAAAAUGUCAUCAGCAAAGAGUGGAAACCUUGGAGCUACACCUUCAAUUCCAAGAGUAUUAAAAUAUUGUCAGAAGAAAAGAAGUGGAGAGACAGAGGCCAGUUUUUGCACCCUAAAAUAUAAAAAGUUCCUUUUAGAGAAAUAUUUUCAUCUGGUCAUUUUUAUUAUUGCUUUUAUUGUUUUAUAGAUUUUAUUAAUCUAAAAUUAAGCAUAUACGUCAGCGAGUAACAGAAGGCAGCAGUCAAGCAUCCCCUGUGUGCUUUUUGAACAGCAUUAUGGGAAAUUGAUGAAAUGCAACAGCUUUUGUUGGUGUGGGGGAGGAGUCAAAGCACCGACGGACAGCUACAGGUGGAUUUUUCCUUUAACAGUUGUCUCUUCAGAGCGUUUGGUCGUCCACAUCACUCCCCUUUUCAGUCUCGCCAAAUAAAUGUGUUUAACCCAGUAUGUGACGGACAUACAGUGACUGAAUGCAUCAUUAACACUCCUCUAAUGUAUGUUUUUAGUGUGCAAAGUAGCAGCAGCCUCACCGAGACCAACACUGUUAAAAUGAAGGUCAGGUAAACACAAGUAAGGGAAUCUGCUUUUUAAAUGGUUGCAUAUUUUUGUACCAGCUGAACACAGGAGGGUUUUUUGUUCAUGCAGAGUCUGCGACUACAGACUGAUCUGAAGGACCAGUAACCAGGUUGUCCUCUCGGUGUUUGUAUUUGUGGGGCUGCUGCUGUCUGACGUUCAUUCUGAAUCCGUGGAGAUGCAGUGAAGUUUGGGAAUGACGGCUGGUUCUGAUGGUGUCUAAACUGUUCGAAAUAAAACACAAACUGGUUUUGAUGAUAACUCAA